AUUUGAUUAUUUAGACAGGACAAAUUUCCCCGAAUAAAUCGCUGACGACAGCGGGGAAGCAGCUCUCUUCUACACGAAUCCACAAAGGCUUCGAAACUCCAGCGAACUGCAGCCAUGAAAAUCCAGCAAACAGGUUCACAUCGCGCCAUUAAACCCCGGCUGCAAACAAUAGCAGUCGCAGCCCUCGUCGUCACGUUCCUGUCAACAACGUGGCCGGCGCUUUGCGCGGCGACGACGCUGAGCAACAAGGACGCGGCCUUUUGGUCAAGUGGCGGCGCAGCGGGCGUCCUAGGCAACAGUAACAACAACAACAACAACGGAUACGCGAGCAACGGAGCCGACGCUGACGACUCCGACGUCAUCCUCGACGCGGAAACCGAGAAGAUGCUGCGAGAGAUGCUGUGCAACCCGCAACCAAAAAAUAACUCGAGCUCUUCAAUCUCUGGGACAAUGCACAUAAAGAUGGAGGAAAUAGAUUCUUCUGCAUCGACCAGAAAAUUAAAGGGCGUUUUCCUCGCUCAAGAGUUUAACGCCCGACGAAUAGCGUACGUUGCAAUGAAAACCGCUCAAUUUCUCCUUUUCUCCCCACUUGUCGCAGUCGGCGUCGAGAUCCCCGACUACGUGACGCACCAAGGAACCCCGUCGGGCCGCACCGUCGUCAACCAACAAUUCAAAAACGUACUCGACUCAGCUGGGCGUAGAAAGUGA